AAAAAAUACCCUUAUGAUUCAAUCGGAUUUAAGCUUAAAUCUGAUUGAAUCAAGAGUCCUUUUUUUCCAGUGUAGUAAUUCUGUUUAGCAAGAGGAGAGGAAGUUAUAGCAGCCAGUGCUAGACAAAGAAGAAUGAGCAGCAGAACUUUUAAGAAUAGGAAUAGCUGUUCCUUAAAACAACGAUUAUUUUUCUCUAAGCUUAAGGAAUAACUGGCAAGGAAACUGUUCUUUUAGUUACGAGUUAUGAAUCCAAUAUUUCUUAGUUAGUAAGCAAAUCAGGGCUGCCGAUUAUUGAGUAACUCGAGCAUCGGUGAGUAGAAUGUGAGUAAUUAGCAGUUGGUGAGGAAUCCGAGAUCCGCAAGUAAUUUAAUGAUCUGCUGAGAAUAUGAGAGUAAUUGUCCAUCAAAUUGUACCAAAUUCUGUUGAAGGGAUCGAUGGAGCGAUGGAUGAUUUUAAGGAAAUUCAUACCUCGCGCGAUUGUGUAGGUAAUGAGUGAGUUUAAUUGAGAACGGUGAGUGAAGAGUGAGUAAAAUCGAGAGCGGAGAUCAAAGAGGGAUUAAAAUCGAGCCACGGUGAGUAAAGAGAGAGUAAAAGCGAGAAAUAGUGAGUAAAAUGAGUUCAAAUUUAAAAACUGUAAAUUGAAGUGAGGAAAAUUAGAAUUAAGAGAAAGAGAGAGAAUAAAGAGGGAGUGAAAUCGAGACACGGUGAGUAAAGAGAGAGUAAAAUCGAGACACGGUGAGUAAAGAGAGAGUAAAAUCGAGACACGGUGAGUAAAGAGAGAGUAAAAUCGAGACACGGUGAGUAAAGAGAGAGGAAAGUGUGAGUUAAAAUCUAGAAUUCGUGAUUCCAAUUGAGGAAAAUCGAGAUCGGAGAAUAAAGAGGGAAUGAAAUCGAGACAUGGUGAGGGAGGAGAGAGUAAAAUUGAGAAACUGUGAGUUAAAUGUGAGUUCAAAUCCAGAAACGGUGAAUCAAAUUGAGGAAAAUCGAGAACGGUGAGUAGCAACUGAAUAAGAUUUUUAACGACGAGGAGCGGUCGUGUAAAAAAUUUGCGAAACUCUUGAGUAUCGGGGUGAGGAAGGAGAGAUUAAAAUCGAGAAACAUUGAGUAGAGUGUGAGUUCAAAUCCAGAAAUGGUGGAUCAAAUUGAGGAAAAUGGAGAACAGUGAGUAGCAACUGAAUAAGAUUUAUAAUCACGAGGAGCGGUCGUGUAAAAAACUCCGUCACUCUGAGUAUCGGCAGCCCUGAUAAUGAUGUACAUCCCAGGGUGAACAGCCCUUCAAUAGUCAUCGAGAAUCUGGGGAAGUCCAAGGAAUUCAGCACAGCCCUGAAAAAUAGGGAAUUUCUCCUAACCUCGAAAUUCGAAUAGUCGAGGAAUUUUGCCCAACCUUGUAACGUCAAGUAUUUUUUGCAGCGGAACCUUGAAAUUCUUUCUUCCCGGCGAAAAGUAUACGAAUUUUUUUUUAAAGCGAAUUUAAUUUCUCUUCUUGUUAUUUUCCUUGAAAUGGUUGUCGGAUCCUCGGUCUUCAAGAGUCAGCUUUGAAGUUAAAGCCACGAACUUGGCAGCCAAUAUUGUAGGUUUUCGCUUUGUAUAAAAAAUCUCCACGCCAUAAAGCCAUUGAAGUGCAAAACACAAAAUUUAGUGAUUUUAAACCGAAUGAUGCGACUUAGGUACGACUUGCAUCCACGAUACUGGUCGAACGUCAAUUAAUCAAGUCAUAUGUUUUAUUAGGUAUACGAAAUCAACACAAAUGUUAAUUUUGUUCAAUUUAAAGCAAAGAUGGCACUCACAUUUUCUUUUUCGCCCGAUGUGAAUUCACAUUGCGCGAAAAUGGAAAUGUGUACCAUGAUACAACUCGUUAAAGAAGAAAAAUGAAACAUUGAAGCAAAGAAAUCAAUUGAAAACAAGAAUUGGAAAAUUUUGCAUAUACAUCUGGAAGUUAAUAUAAUGGAACAAUUCAUGUUCUAACAAUAUACGCUAUGGUUGUUUCUUUCCUCUUUUCGUUUUUUAAUAAUCCACAGGAAGAUUUGUUCCUGGUUGUACGUAUUUCUAGUUUCAAGAUGCACGUUUAACUGCUUAUCCUUACCAUCAUUUUAUUUUUACGAUUUUUCCCAUAUUUUUUUUUAUGUCAUCUAUCAUUGUAAACACCUUUUCUGAGCAGAAUUUAAGUUAGUUAGUUAGUAUAAUUUUAGCUAAGCAAAUAUGCUAAUAUGCAUAGAUAUGUUUCAUUUCCUGGUGAAUCUGUACAUGGUUUCAGUGAUGGUGUCGUGUCGUGAGUGCUUUCAGCUUGGCGUCGGGCAAUUGGAUAACUCUCAUCUGCUCGCAUGGUGAAGGCCCACUACCUCCUUCGAAAUCGAACUCAACAAUCUGGAAUGGAUCUCCAAGUGACGGGAGCUCUUGCAUCACCCAUCAAUCAGAGAGCUUAUUCGGAUUGGUGUUGUGUCCUGGGGCUUUUUGGAUAUCCAAAAAAGGAACUCAAUUUGCCGACGCAACAGCAGCGCCAUCUGCACACCGACCACGGAACCGAUAACCGGUGGAAGGAGGAGCAGCGGGUGAUUAAUUUGGACUGGCGCCCUCCCGAAAAUGCAGCGGGGGUGGGGGUGCUGACCCGAUUGCCGCGUGACGUCACGGAGAGAUAAGCCGACCAUGAGACCGCUAUCGUGCAUCCGCCCGGAGGUCCCCCUGCAGCGCCCCCCGCGGCCCCCCUCGCCGACCCCCGCCGAUUAAGAUGCACCGUCGCCACGACUCCCCCAGGACGCUCCCGCCUUCCGACCAGGCCGUGGAGACUUGAGAUGGGAACGUCACCUGCCGUCGAUUAGAGCGCCGAGUGCGUGUGUGAGAGCUAGCCCGAGGUGUGCGCACAGCACUGUCUACCGGAGCUUAUCCGCCAAGCCGAAAAUCGCGCCAUCUGUACAUCGCGAUCUAUUACCAGCAAAGGGAAGUUCCUAGUUUUUGGAAAAGUACGUGUGCGAGACCCAGUCCACAGAGAGCUUAUAGCGUCAUCUACUUGCGCCCGCCCGGAGCUUUUCUGCGUAUUCAGGAAUCGCGCCAUCUGCAAGUCGCGAUCGGAACUGCUUGUGAUCGGCAGUGCCAUCUGUUAACAGCAACUCGAAGCUUCUUCUAGGUUUCGGGAAAGUGCGUGUGCGGGACUCAGCCCAGGUGUGCUGACAGCGCUAUCUACCUAAAUCUACCUGGGAGUUUCUUCGUGAUCGGAAACCACGCUAACUUUUCCUGCCCAUCGAGAUCGGAGUGUCAACCAUCGGAAGCCACACUGAGAUUCGGCGAGUUAUCUCACUUUCAAUAUUUGAACUUCUGAGGUUAGAUUGAAGCUAUGUGAUACGAUCUAAAGCUGUCUGAUGUCAGAACUUUUAAACAAUUCAACGCAAUGCGCUAUCUUU